AUGUCAAUAUACAAAUUGUGUGUAUUGAUUUUUCUAAUACUUGUUGGAAGCACCGGCGCCCUUGGUCAGAAUAAAAGCGAUUCUUGUGGCACGGCUAACGAUCCUUGUAAAACUGUGAAUUCGUCGUUAGCACAAUGCGGUGGAAGUUUUAGGCCGCCUUUAAACGGUUCGGUCUAUAAUGUAAACGAUACUAAAUUGGCUCCUUGCCAAUGUAAUCAACCAUUUUAUAAUAACAUUACGGCAUGCCUGACAUGUUAUGUGACACCCACGACCAACUUUAGUAUCGCGCCUUUGUCGGACUAUCAAAGCGGAUGUGUAAAAAACGGUGUAACCUUUACUGCUAAAAGCCCACCUGCUCCAUUAUAUUCUUCCAACCAAAGUGCAAAGGUCGCGAUCAUGGUUCUUAUUGUUAUAUUCGUUGGAUUAAUUCUUUUAAUGAUUGGAGGGGCGUUGAUCUGGAUGUGUUGGAAAAAGGAAAAGUUACACCCAAAGUUGAACGAUAAUCCAUUUAUGGGUGGAGCCUCUUCAUCGAAAGUCAGUCCAUCCAAAAAAAGUAAAAAAGCUCCUUCCUCCGUAAAACCUCCAGAAACCUUGUCACACGGUGUCGAUAACCAAAGGCCACCUCCAGGAUCAUUUCAUAGCGAGACACCAGGAACAGUCCAUAGCCAACCACCUCCAGGAUCGUUUCAUAGCGAACCGGAGUCAUUUCAUAGUGAACCACCUCCGAGUUCAUUUCAUAGUGAACCACCUCCGAGUUCAUUUUAUAAUGAACCACCUCCGAGUUCAUUUCAUAGUGAACCACCUCCGAGUUCAUUUCAUAGCGAAACGGCCGUUACACAUAGCACACAACUGCCAUCACUUACUCCGCAUGAGCCAACGUAUGGAGAAAUGCGAACAAGCCCGAUAAUUUACCCUUCUACUACACCAGAAUAUGAUAAUCCCAUUCCCAUCAUGCAGAUGCCAGUCCCAAUGCCAACUCCACGUCCGACGCAAGGAAAUUUUCCUCCUCCAGGAUAUCCUCAGGGUAAUCCCCAGGGUAAUCCUCAGGGUAAUCCUCAGGGUAAUCCUCAGGGUAAUCCUCAGGGUAAUCCUCAAGGAUACCGACAGGAUUACCGUCGAGGCCAAUGA